CAUCUUCGAACCCUCGCAGGUUUCGCCAAUGCCCCAUCGAUGCUUGGGAAUACUGGACAUUACCCAGAUCAUCUGCGAAGACCUCUUUGAAGAGGAUUACUUAGCCUCACUUUCCUCUUUGGCUGCCACAUGCUCGUACAUAUCCGAUACGGCUUUGGAUGUGUUGUGGAAGGAACAGAACUCCUUAGUGCCUCUUCUUCGCACGCUUCCAGAAAACUUGUUGACCGUGGCGGGCAACGGGGAUUCAGAAGUAUACAUCGACGAACUAGACGACCAGACACUGACACUCGUAAACAAAAUCCCUGCAACCGCCUGGACUCGCAUUCAGUCAUAUGCUCGACGCGUUAGGUGUCUCCGCCUAGGUGAAGCAACCGGAGGUACCAUUGUGCGCUCGAGUUCGCCUCACGACCCACUGGCACGCAAAGUUCUCGCAAUUGAUAUCUCGGUAUUGGACGAACUCCUUGCGCGUACAGGCGGCCACCCUCUCUUUCCACGCCUACAGUACCUAUAUUUCCGGGACAUCGAAGAGACCUUGGUCCAUCUCGUUCUUCCGCUUUCGAGACUCCCACCUCUGACAGAUGUUGAGGUGUAUAUGUCUGCGCACGAUGGCAGCACGGAUUACGCAGCCUUUCUCGAACGCCUUCUCCCUGUCUGUCCGGACCUCCAAACCCUCUCCUUAACCGGUGACAACACACCGCCAGUGGAGCCAGAGCUUCUCAAAGCCAUCUCCGACGCCGCGUGUGCCUGUCGGUCAUUGAAGUCUGCGCACCUUCUCGACAUCGACCCCCGUGCCCUCGCCCAUCUUGCGAGAACGCGGAGCCUCAGCUCUCUGAAGAUUGGACUCAAUUCGCGGCUUGAAAAGGCACUGCAUCAACGGGCGGAUGUCGACAUACGCUGGGAUGAUGACAUCGUCCUUAGCGAUCUUGUCGUCGAGCCCGAGCUCUGCGGGCAGCUCGAGACGCUUCUGAAUGCGUUGCACGGAAAUCGCCUGAAGGUCGAACUCUUCCAUAUGACAUGUUACGAGGAGUGCGACUGCAGCCCCGGGAGAUCGGGAUGCGACCCACGAGUACGGAAUCUAGAACUCCUCGCGAAAGCCUUCGAUCCAGCGUACAUGAACGAAUUCGCCUACGUCCAAAGCUGCGACAUCCCAUUGGGGAGAGGAUCCGUACCCGCGUCUCAUGUCCUCCAACUAGCGACUGGAUAUCCGAAGCUCACAUGGCUCAUCGUCGAUUGUUGGGUUGCAUUGGCGGACGACGACCUGACCGACAUAGCGCGUGCGCUGCCUCAGCUCGAACUCCUCAUGCUGGACACGCGUUGCCCUCGCCCUGAGCUCUCGCGAACCACUCGGCGCGUCCGCACCUCUCUCGCGGCGCUCAAGUCCUUUGCGCACUACUGCCCCGACAUACGCUACUUGUCUUUCUGGGUCAAUGCGGCGCGCAUACCCAGUACCAGCCGAACGUCUCCGCUCAAAGCUAACGCGCGGCAGUCGGUACGCCUGCACUUCGCAGAGUCGAAGUUCACCGACGACUACGGCGUUGCUGGCUACCUGCGGCAUGUGUUCCCUGCGGGUUGCGAUAUCAUGCUUGAGCCGCCGGAAUACGAGGGCCUUGACGAUGAUUACGAUCCCCCAGAGGGAUACUCGGACGGAACGCACAAAUGGAUCGCAGUCAAGGAAGCGCUUCGCGUCUUAGAAAAGUAUACAUGAUCCUUUGUAUAAGUUGCAACCGGAGAAUUCCAUCUACCUAUCGUCGUGGCGGUAUGCCUUGCCUACUCGUGAUCGCGCGGAUUGCAUAUAAGCUAUUUUACACCAAUGCAGCCCUGUAUCGUCGCUUGUUUAGGAGUGCAGUGAGAAAUGAUUGUCCAAAUCCUGACGCACCCUCUUUAAUCAGAUAUCAUUCUCCGCGAGCACCUCCUCCAUCAUCCGCUUGAAUUUGGACAAAGGC